UCGACGUUGGAUGUCGCACUUGCAGCUCGGGUGGGUGGUGCAUUUUUUGCAAGUAACCGGUUGUGCUUGUUUACGUUAUCAGUCGUAAAAAUUGUUUUGCUGGGCUUGUGUCUUGGUGUUAUGCGGCAGACUGGAAACUGCCGAGUCAGCCACUGAAAGUUGAUAUUUUUGUUUAAUUCUUUAUUUUCGCGGUGAAUGCGAUUGUGUCUCGUACGUUUGGUUGAGGUUGAAAAGUGCAAACAAAGCCCACUCCGUAAAAGUGCUGAACCAGGUGAAAAAGAAUUACCGACGUACCUACUGUUGAGGCUAGCAAGAUCAGUUGUCAGUCUCGGUCAGCGUAGCGACAGUGGCGGAAUCGUUGGAGCAGUUCGAAGUGACUUGGAUUGUGAGUGCGGCGAGAUCAAUUGCAGCCAUGGCAGACAAGUUCCUGCCGUGUAGAAUCUUACAACCGCUGACGUCACUCGAUCGCGACUAUCUCAAGGACAACCAGUACGACACGGUUUGCGUGAUCGACGGCAGUCUGGUUCCUGGCUCGUUGGAAGGUUGCUUUGCCGCUCAAAAAUCGCUGGACGAGGCGUUCGACAGCGAAACGAGCUGUUUCAAGUCGGAUGCUUUGAACUGCCGCGUGGUCUAUGCCCCCGUGGGUAAGUUGACUGAUUUUGAUGACGUUCGUCGGUAUGGGGAAGCCGCUGGAAAGGCACUAGAUCGGGCUAUCAAAGCGGGUGCCAAGCAACCGGUUUUGGUUGUCCCGAGCAGUAAGGAAUUCGUACAGGCUGACCUAGUUUCGGUUCUUGGGUCGCUGGCGAAACUGUAUGUCCCAUUGCAACUGCGAGAGGAUGUACCGCAGAAGAAGCAACGAUUUGAGCAAAUUGGCUUCUUCCAUCCUGAUGAAGCCAAACUGGCGAAGAUUAUAAAAGAAGCAAAAGCUUUCGAGGCUGGUUUGUUCGUUGCCCGUGACAUUGGUGGUGGCGAUCCGGAAAGGAUGGCUCCCCCGCGGGUUGAGCAAUACGUUGGAGAUGGGGUAUACGAUAAAAAUCUUAUCUUCAGAAAUGUAAUUUCUGAUCACACAGUAAUGGUAAAGGAAUAUCCUUUGUUUGCUGCCGUGAAUAGAGCAGCUGUUAGCGUUCCACGUCACCAGGGACGUUUAAUCUUCUUGGAGUAUAAAUCAAACAGUCCUCCGAAAAAGACUUUGAUCCUGGUUGGAAAGGGAGUUACUUACGACACCGGUGGUGCUGACAUCAAGGCUGGAGGUGUGAUGGCUGGUAUGAGUCGGGACAAAUGUGGAGCUGCUGCCGUGGCAGGAUUUAUGAAGGUGGUGGAGCAGAUGCAGCCACAGGGAGUGCAUGUUGUUGGUGUUUUGUGUAUGGUGCGUAACUCCGUUGGAGAGGAGUGCUACGUUUCUGAUGAAAUGAUCACAUCGAGGGCCGGCGUUCGAGUUCGUGUGGGAAAUACCGAUGCCGAGGGGCGCAUGGCCAUGGCUGACGCACUGUGCCAGAUGAAGGAGAGAGUCAUUGCGGAGAACAUGCCAGAUGCUCAUCUGUUCACGAUUGCUACCCUGACUGGACAUGCAGUGCUGGCUGUUGGAAACCAAUCGAUUGUGAUGGACAAUGGGCCAGCUAGAGCUUCCGGCCAUGGUUUGCGACUCCAGGAGGAGGGAGAGAAAAUUGGUGAUCCGUUUGAGAUCUCCAUUCUUCGCAAGGAGGACUUCGAUAUGCAUUCGGGCAAGUGCUACGGAGAGGAUGUGCUGCAGGCCAAUAAUCUUCCAUCGAGCAGGACCUGCAGAGGACACCAGAGUCCGGCAGCGUUUAUGAUGCUUUCCACUGGCUUGGACAAGCAUGGGCUAAAAUCCGAUCGUCCAAUCAAAUAUUCCCAUCUCGAUAUCGCGGGAAGUGCCGGUGACAUUCCGGACCCGCCAACCGGUGCUCCAAUCUUGGCCCUAGCCCGUACUCAUUUGCUGCGUUGAGUAAUUCGGAACGCUCACCGUAAGCAUAGCCCUGUAUUCAUCACAUAACGCUAGUGGAUCCAACGAAAGGCUGAGAUACGCUUGUUGCAAUGUACUUGUCAAUGUUUCUUGUCGCUUGCGGGCGACGUUAAAAUCCAGUUAUAAUUGUACUUAUUGAGAAAAGCGAAAAACGCGAAGCGAAACAAAUAUCAUCACAGUAGCAUAAUAAAGACAGAGCACGUUUGUUUUACCGCAAA